CAGUAAGCAAAACUGCGCUGGAGGCUGAGUGUUCCUGGCUGGUUGGCCUGAACCAGGGUGCGAGCCAAUGGUCAGCCCUGUACCGGGUCAGAUGCAUAAGGCUGCCACUGCAUGGAUGGGGGCGGCCGGAUCGACGGCCAGCGAAGUUUGCGUCCUCAGCGUCCACCGUUGCUGCACCCUUACCGGGCGGCGCAAUGGAUUGGUCCGUUUUGGUGUGAGAGAUUGACCAAAUCCUGUUCUCCGGUGCUCAAUUUGUGGAUGGGUGGGAUCAUCUGGAUACAGGCUCUGCCCGUCAGCCACGAUGCAGGGCUAUUGGCAGGGUGCCCGAUUCAGCUUUCGGAGAAGAUAUAAGGGACUCCCAACACGCAGGUCUUCCCUCGGAGAGCGUCCAAUUCAAU